AUGGGAUACAACGGUCUGGUAAUGAGUUACUCUGCUUAUUGUUUCAACUCAUCGAUUACUAAAUGGGGGUGCCCAGCUUCUACUUGUGAUAAUAACACAUUAACCGAUGGCUUUUUUAAAUACGAUUUCAGUUUUGUUGAUGAAUAUACUGUAUCUGACAGUCUUUUCUAUAUUGCUAUUCAAGAAUCAACCUAUUAUUUGGUAUUCAGAGGAACCGAUAAUAAAGUAAAUGCAUUCGAAGAUUUUGAUUUUCUUAGUCAAGCUCAAUUCCCAAAGGAUUCUGGAUCAACCGCAUUAGUUUCCAAAGGUUUCUAUGAUGCUUGUUUGAGAGACCAAGUACUACCUGCACUCAAGGCUGCUGGAUGUCAUCAAUACUCUGAUUGUAAUUUAAUGAUUUUCGGACAUAGUUUUGGUGGUGCAAUGGCUACUCUUGCCGCUCUUGAUUUCUCAAUCAAUAAAUAUUUUGGAAAUAUUGGUGUUUAUACCUAUGGUUCUCCAAGAGUCGGUAACCAAGAAUUCGCAGAACUCUUUGAUGCCAAUGUUCCCAAUUCCUUUAGAGUUGUAUACCUUGAAGAUACUAUUCCACAUCUUCCAUUACCUGCUUUUGAGCUAUUGGAUUCCAAUGCUACCUAUUUGCAUGUAAACACCGAAGUUUGGAUUAACGAGUACAAUUCCAAUCCUUCUGAAUACCCAGGUUUUGUUAUUUGUCCAGAAAAUGAACAACUCAAUUGUUCGACUGGUAGCUUUGUUCAAUGGACACAGUUUGAUACUAUUGAUUCACUUAUGGCUUACCACAGAAGUUACUUUGACUUCAAUUUGGAAGUAUUUUGUCAUGAUUGGACACUCGAUGAUCUAACUGUCACACCAACUCCAAUUCCAUCAUCGUUCGACUACCCAGUUCUCGAUCUAAAUGUCACAUCAAGAUGGUAUGCCGGUGGAUACAACUACUCUAAUGUAAUCGGUACCUUCAAGAAUAAUGGCACAGAAGAUAUUGUAAAUCCAGUUUGGAAAUCUACCCCAAACAUCGUACCAAUUGCUGUGUUCGGUCUUACACACACUGUUGUUAACGAUACCAUUAACUGGCAUUUGUCACCGGGUGGAAAUUAUACACACUUCAUGGCAAAGGGUUCCUCUUAUACAUUUGCUUUCGCAAUAAAUUUGUUUAUGUUAUUAGAUAAAACCACUUCUACAUCUUUUAUCAAUGAGGGAGGCAAUAGAGGAACUGCUAAUCAUGUAAAUGAAUUGGAAGAUUUAGAUUUUAUUCAUCAAGCUCAAUUCCCAAAGGAUUCUGGAGAAACCGCAUUAGUUUCCCAAGGUUUCUAUGAUGGAAAAGAUAUAAUCUUUAAAGGAUUGAGAGAACCAGUUAUAAGCGCACUCAAGGCUGCUGGAUGUUAUCAAUACAAUGAUUGUAAAUUAAUGAUUGUCGGACAUUGUUUUGGAGGUGUCUCUACCUAUGGUUCUCCAAGAGUCGGUAACCAAGAUUUUACAGAACUCUUUAAAAAUCAUGUUGCCAAUUCCAUUAGAGUUGUAUACCUUGAAGAUACUAUUCCACAUCUUCCAUUACCUGCUUUUGAUCUCUAG